AUGGCGAUGAACAAGAUUCGCGGCGCCUUCACGGUGCCCCGGAAAGGAGAAACGUUCGAAUUGCGAGCUGGACUUGUUUCCCAAUAUGCUUAUGAACGGAAGGAAUCCAUUCAGAAGACGAUCAUGGCCAUGACCCUAGGAAAGGAUGUUUCAGCCCUGUUCCCGGAUGUCCUCAAGAACAUUGCAACGGCCGAUCUUGAGCAGAAGAAAUUGGUCUAUCUCUAUCUCAUGAAUUACGCCAAAUCGCACCCUGACCUCUGCAUCCUCGCCGUGAACACUUUCGUGCAAGACUCGGAAGACCCCAACCCGCUCAUUCGCGCGCUGGCAAUUCGGACAAUGGGCUGCAUUCGUGUGGAUAAGAUGGUCGACUAUAUGGAGGAACCGCUGCGCAAGACCCUUCGUGACGAGUCCCCAUAUGUCCGGAAGACCGCUGCUAUCUGCGUGGCCAAAUUGUUCGACCUGAACCCGGCCAUGGCCCUCGAGAACGGAUUCUUGGAGAUGCUCCAGGAGAUGAUUGGGGAUCCCAACCCGAUGGUCGUUGCCAAUUCCGUGACGGCGCUCCAGGAGAUUCAACAUACGGCACCUGAGACACAAGCGCUGCAGAUUAAUAGCAACACUCUACGGAAGAUGUUGAUGGCUUUGAACGAGUGCACGGAAUGGGGUCGGGUCACUAUCCUUACCACUUUGGCCGAAUACAAAACCUCCGAUGUCAAGGAGUCAGAGCACAUUUGCGAACGGGUUGCGCCUCAGUUCCAGCAUGUGAACUCCGGUGUGGUGCUUGCGGCUGUCAAGGCCGUGUUCUUACAUAUGAAGAAUGUCAAUCCUGAAUUGGCCAAGACCUACCUAAAGAAGAUGGCUCCGCCAUUGGUGACAUUGGUCUCGUCAGCUCCCGAAGUGCAAUACGUUGCAUUGAGGAACAUCGAUCUUCUGCUGCAGAAGCAGCCUGAUAUUCUGAAUAAGGAACUCCGGGUGUUCUUCUGCAAAUACAAUGACCCGCAAUAUGUCAAGUUCCAAAAACUUGAAAUUAUGGUCCGCAUAGCAAACGACCGCAAUGUGGAUCAACUACUUGCUGAAUUGAAGGAGUAUGCCCUCGAAGUCGAUAUGGACUUUGUACGCCGAGCGGUCAAGGCGAUCGGUCAGGUUGCCAUCAAGAUCGAGAGCGCCAGUGAGCGGUGCGUAAACACCUUGUUGGAUCUCAUCAACACCAAGGUGAACUAUGUCGUUCAGGAAGCCAUCGUCGUCAUCAAGGACAUCUUCCGCAAAUACCCUGGCUACGAGGGUAUCAUCCCCACUCUAUGCCAGUGCAUCGAUGAAUUGGACGAGCCCAAUGCCAGAGCUGCCCUCAUUUGGAUUGUUGGAGAGUAUGCCGAGAAGAUCAGCAAUGCUGGUGAUAUUCUCGGUGGUUUCGUUGACGGCUUCAACGAAGAGUUCUCUUCGACUCAAUUGCAAAUUUUGACAGCUGUGGUCAAGCUCUUCCUUAAGCGGCCUGAGAAAGCACAGGGUCUGGUGCAGCGAGUACUUCAGGCUGCCACAGCCGAAAAUGAUAACCCCGAUGUCCGUGACCGAGCAUACAUCUACUGGCGUCUUUUGUCCAACACCAGUGAUUCAAAUGCGACGAAGAACAUCCCCCCCGAGCAAUUCGUCGGCCAUGGUCGGUUCGGUGCCGACGCUGUCAUGCGCGCUGCUAUCGAGGAACAAAUCCAGAACGCGCGCGAGAACCCCUUGGCCGCCGCGGCUGCCGCUGCUGCCGGUGGUGCUCCCCCCUCUGGGCAGCCGCAAAGCAACGUCGAGAACCUGCUGGACAUCGAUUUCGACGGCGGUGCCCCUGCCUCGGCACAAACCGAGCCAUCUGGCGGUAUGUCCGGCCUGGAGGGUCUGGCUGGCACUCCCAUGCGUGUAGCAUCUCCUGCAGCAGGUGCUCCUCCGCAAGCCAGCAACAACCUUGACGACUUAUUGGGCGUGUUUGGAGACUCCGGUGCGGCCCAGCCAUCGAGCGGCAGUGGGAGUGCCGACCUCAUGAACGGAUUCUCUGGUCUUGAUCUCUCUGGCAAUGCGGGAUCUUCCCAGAACAACCAGAGCAAGAAAUCUAACGACGACAUCAUGUCUCUCUUCUAG